CAAAAGCCUCGCGUGCUGCUUUGCAACUCUGACUUGUAACUUCUGCUGGAAAACCACGGAAAAGAAAAUAAGCAAUAUGACAAGCGAGCCUUUGGAAGCCGUCGCCCACCCUGUCCCAUUCCAGGUCAUGGAGUACGCGGUCAUCUACGCCGAGCUCCUGAGGGCUCUGUACGGCCACCCACAGUUCAAAUACCUCGAGCCACCGACCGCGGCCGUGUGCAAGAUCGACGAGUCCACCCCGCCGCCUCUAUUCUUCGCAACGGACUUUGUGGCAAAGACUUACAUCAACUACAUCAUCCCCUUUCUCCCACCCGGGGCCACACGCAAGUGCAAGAUCAUCGCCAACCCCUGGGCAUACGCCGACCCGGACUACCAGUGGGAGUGGGAGUGGGACGCCGCGAGUGGUACCAUGAAAUCCGCUGAUGGUGCGACAGUGGAAUUCCCGAGGAUCCCUCAGGAGAAGGUGCCAGAGAUGCUCGGGGAUCUUGUCAGCAGGGGCUACAUGGCGAAGAGCAUCCUGGAGAAUGGUUCGGACCCGAGGGUAACGGCGAUGAUUGGAGGACCGUUCGAUUUUGGUGAGGAGGUCAAGCGAGCGUCAGAGAAGGUAGAGGCCCUGUGACUUGGCCCGGAAGAAAGAGCUUCUCGUUAAGGGAGAGGGGAGGCUUUUUACUAUAAUAAGAAGUUUCUCGUCUGGAGUGGCUUCUCGUCCCAAUCAAUUUGAUCAUUGAUA